AUGUACAACCUAAAUGCUGAACAAAACAUAUUGUUUGUGACAACUGAUGAUCGGGUCUAUGGGUUGGGCAGUAAUAGUGAGGGAGUGUUGGGUUUGGGACACAACCGACCCAUACAUACACCCGAAGAAGUGCCACAAUUAAGGCAUCAAAAUAUACACAAUGAUCAUCGGAUAUACGUCUGGGAAACCAAUUGUGACAUAAAUAACAUAGAAAUGUAUUAUACAUUGGAAAUGUUAGGAUCGGGUGGAUUUGGUAAAGUUUGACUAAAAAAUACAAACAAAAUGUUUUGACUGAAGCGACAAAAUUGUUAGAAUUGCGCUCACAUUAUGUCAUUCAGUACUAUUAUUCGUGGAUUGAGAAUAACUGUCUCUACAUUCUUAUGGAUUGUUUGGCCG